UGAAAAGCAGGCCCGCUUCGGAUCCAAUCCUCUCUCUGGCAUCUCCACUGCCACACCACUGCGACCACACGCUCGCGCGCCGCCCAUGGCGGCGACCUCGCCGACGGCCGCGAGGCCGGUAGCCGCCGCACUCAUACGAGUCCCGCAUCCAGGGAUGAAUCGCGUCUCCUCACCAUGCUGCCAUAGCCGCCCCCGCCCCCGCCGCGCAACCCCUUGGUGGACUCGCCCGCGGUGCAGCCGUAAAGGGAAGCCGGUCGUCACGGACGUCGUCGAGGAGGAGGCACCAAGGGGCCCCGGGACUCGGAGGGAGGAUGACCAAGAGGCGGAGGCCGGCUCGCUGCGUGGGGCGCUGGGGUGGCUCAGGCUUGACGGGGUUGCGGCGGACAUCAUCAGCAUCGCCGCGCCCGCCGUGCUCGCGCUCGCCGCCGACCCAAUCACGGCGCUCGUCGACACCGCCUUUGUCGGCCAUAUUGGCUCGGCUGAACUUGCGGCUGUUGGUGCAUCUGCUUCCAUAUUCAAUUUGGUAUCCAAGCUGUUCAAUGUGCCAUUGCUUAAUGUCACCACAUCUUUUGUUGCUGAGCAGCAGGCAGUCGAUGCCAAUAGUUCUAAUACAACAGGACAAAGAGAUGAACCUUUGACGCCACAAAAGAAGGGAAGCCAACAAAGGAAGGUUCUUCCGGCGGUUUCAACAUCCUUGGCUCUAGCUGCUGGCAUUGGAUUAUUGGAGAUGCUGGCACUGAUUGUUGGAUCUGGGACACUGAUGAACAUCAUUGGUAUACCCGUCGAUUCACCAAUGCGAGCACCAGCAGAACAAUUUCUUACGUUGAGGGCAUAUGGUGCUCCACCAAUUAUAGUGGCACUUGCAGCUCAGGGUGCAUUUCGUGGAUUCCUGGAUACAAAGACACCAUUGUAUGCUGUGGGUGCUGGCAACCUAUUAAAUGCAAUACUGGAUGCUGUACUUAUUUUCCCACUUGGUCUAGGAGUAAGCGGCGCUGCCUUGGCCACAGUGUCCUCUGAGUACUUGACUGCAUUCAUCCUCCUUUGGAAGCUGAAUAAUGAAGUAGACCUGUCUUCAUGGAAUAUCAUUGGAGAUGGAGUAAUUCGUUACCUGAAAUCUGGUGGACUGCUAAUUGGCAGAACAAUUGCAGUAUUCCUGACAUUGACACUAUCUACGUCCCUAGCUACAAGGGAAGGGCCUGUUCCAAUGGCUGGCUAUGAGAUAUGCUUGCAAGUGUGGUUAACAAUUUCUCUGCUGAAUGAUGCCCUAGCCCUUGCUGGUCAGGCUCUACUUGCAAGCGAAUAUGCGAAAGGGAACUACAAGCAAGCCCGCAUGGUUGUAUACAGAAUCCUGCAGGUUGGAGGUGUGACUGGUGUUGUGCUUGCUGCUACCUUAUUAGUGGGGUUUGAAUCUUUGUCCUUGCUGUUUACAGAUGAUCCUGCAGUUUUGGACGUUGCCCGAUCUGGAGUUUGGUUUGUCACUAUUUGUCAGCCAGUAAAUGCUAUUGCAUUUGUGGCCGAUGGACUCUACUAUGGUGUUUCUGACUUUGCCUAUGCUGCAUACUCCACGAUUUUUGCGGGGGCCUUCUCAUCAGUAUUCCUAAUUAUCGCUGCUUCUAAUUUUGGUCUUGGUGGUAUCUGGGCUGGUCUUACUCUAUUUAUGAGUUUGCGAGCAAUUGCUGGUUUCUGGAGGUUAGGGAGCAAAGGUGGACCUUGGGAAAUAAUCUGGUCAGAGAGUGAGUAAAGCACAGAUUUGACCAUGUAUAUUCAAUUGAUCUCAUACUGUCAAGUCAAAGGGGAACUGAAGCUGGCUAUAGCCGGCAGGCCAUAUAGCCCUGGCGCCUGGGUAAUAGAAGACCUUUUGUAACAUUUAGCAAGGUAGCUGAUGUAGCUCUGUCGAAGCAUGUACACAGUAGACAUGUAUUUGGUGUUGGCUUGCUGGGCACUCGUGUUAUGCAUGGUGAAUGUAGAAGGCCUUAACAGCCAUUCACGUGUUUACCAUGUACAACAAAACUGUGUUCCAAUAGAAGGCCAGCCCUUCCUGUAAAUUUCUUUUUCUGGAAAUCCUCCAUGUAAAUGAAUUGCCUAACAUUCUGGGAUAUGGAUCUGGUAAACAUUUUUGGCAUACUCGGCUAUCCUCUGAAAUAGAAUAAUCUGAGUUGCCUUUUCCAGUUCUGUGCUUUGCAAGUGCAGCAUCUUCGGACAUCGCAAAUUUGCUAAGAUUUGAUUGAAGUUGAACCCAGUUGCAGCCAAGGGUUUGAUAUUUUUUUCUUGUUUUUUUUUAGAGGAUGCAAGAAAGCCACUGGGCUAGGCCCAUGGUGCAGAAAAGACUCGAGAGCCCAGAGGCCCCAGACCCCCAAUUUUGGUCCAGUCGGGUGGAGAUUCUUUCCACCAGUCAUUAGCAGAGGCAGCGGAGCAGAGGGCGGAUAAAGGCGGCUGGCCGGACGGAGGACGGGAGGAGCAGAGAGCAGAGCACCCAGCCAGGAGGAGGAAGAGGAAGGCGAAGCGAGGGUCGGAGCCUCCGAGGAUGCCGUGCCUGAACGUGUCGACGAACGUCAACCUGGAGGGGGUGGACACCUCUGCCAUCCUCGGCGAAGCCUCCACGGCCGUCGCCAACAUCAUCGGCAAGCCGGAGGCCUACGUGAUGGUUGUUCUCAAGGGUUCAGUGCCUAUGGCAUUUGGAGGUACCCAGGAGCCUGCAGCUUAUGGUGAGCUGGUUUCCAUUGGAGGGCUGAACCCUGAUGUCAACAAGAAGCUGAGUGCUGGCAUUGCUUCUAUUCUGGAGUCAAAGCUGUCCAUUCCCAAGUCCCGCUUCUACCUCAAGUUCCACGACUCAAAGCGCUCAGACUUUGGUUGGAAUGGCUCCACCUUCUAGAUUCGAGGUCCAUGGGUGUGGCUCCACCGCUCCAGUGAAGGAAGAUCGUGUUCCCUAAUUACCUAAUAAGGACACUGUUGCGAUAUCAGUUAAUUUGUGUUGAACUGAAGUGAAAACUGUCAUGUGGAACUGGAGCACAGACUUGUUCAAUGCAACCUAGCAUAUUCGUGCUGUGCUGUGUUGGCUUGCACAAACUUGGUUAUCUUGGUCCUUUGGGUUGGAUAUGGUAAGCUUGAAAUGAUUCUGUCUA